GGCAUCCCGACGAUGACAAGGGAUGUCUCCUCAAUUUGUGGCUCUUCCUGUUGAGCUCCUGUACGAGAUACAACUGUUCUCCGUGUCUCCCUCUCUCCCUCUGGCGUGCAAGACACUUUACGAAAUCUUCAGCGCAUCUCCAUCCUCCUAUCGUGCACAAUAUCUUGUCGCGGCUCUAGAAGCCGCACGCAUCAGGGAUGAUAUGAUUCCUUCGAAACUAUUGCGGUACCCAAUUUGCACAGUGGACACCUUAGAAGCGUUAUUUCGAAUAUCAAGCGAUAUUAUAUCUUUGAGCUGGGCUCCAGAGCUUCCAAGACGCCUCUUUCGCUCGCUCACCCCAAAGUCACGGGCAAAACCGCCUUUGUGGACAGAUCAAGACCAUCCGCUCCCCUUCCUAUAUUAUUUAUUCACUUGUCCAAAAAUCCAUCCCCCAGACGUCAACUCACACGAGGGCUAUGCUCUCACGAAAGCUGUCCAAGUGGGCUUUGUGCCUCUAGUUCGCUUCCUCCUUGAUCAUGGCGCCUCCCCUCGCUGCAAAAACAGCAUGCCAAUCCUUGUUGCCAUUCACCGCAAGGAUCUCUCGCUUGUGCGACUGCUUGUGGAAAGAGUGGAUGGGAAAUCUGGUUCAGGGGGACAGAAACAGAAGGGGAAGAGGCGAAAAUUGGAAGAUCGCGCCCAAGUAACACCUGAAAUGCUCAAGGCUGCGGUGAAACUCGAUGCGCGAGAUAUCGCGGAAUAUUUUAUGAAAGAAAAAGGAUGUGUGCCCGAUUUGCAGACUCUACUAAUGAUGCGGUGACUUGGGAAAUCGGUAUAUGAUUCGCCAUGUAGUCUCAUCACCUGCGUUCAAACUUCACGCUACAUAGACCCACAUUUAUGUUGAAGGCACA